AUGUACUGAUCUUGAAGUCAAUAAAGUGACAGGAGACACGAAGUUGUCAAAGUUUCGCGAAAGUUUUACAGGAGUGUUUUAACUGAAUUUUAGCAAUAAUUAAAUACCUUAUUUGACUGUAAAAAUAGAAAUGAAGGUGUUAAGUGUUGUGGCCGUGCUUUUGGUCACAAUUACUGUGUUUAGUGAAGGUAAAAGGCACGAUGAAUACAAAUUGGAGAAGAAAUCUUCCAUCCACAUGAACGUGAAGAAACCACAUCAUUCUCAUCACAAAAUGCAUAAGGACAGACUGCGCGGAUCACAUCUCGAUAUGAAAGAGGGUGGUGUUACAUCUAUGUUUGAUCACAAGUGGAUGAAGCCACCUAAAAAUACAGAAUGUAAACUGAAAUGUGGGCACAAGGAAUUCUGUAUCUCCAAUCCUGGUACUGGGGAGGAGAAAUGUAUCAGCAAGAGAAAUUUCAAGGAAAGUCGACGUCUGUUCCGCUCCUUCCACAAGGAAAAGGAUGUGCUGAAGAAUGACAGAAAGAAUGACAGAAAAAGUGACUUUCUGGAUAAAGAACUUGGUAGGGCAGAAGAGAUGAAGGAUGUAUAUGAUCUCAUCCAUGACUACAACAAAAAACGAGCAGACAAGAAGAAAAUCCACAUUAAGACUGUCAAGGAUCUGGACAUGGAGAAAUUUGCUAAUGAAGCUGUCGCAAACACUGCACAAGAAUGUCGCCCCACUGAACUGUAUGAAUUGAGGAAGCGUAUGGUUGGAUGGUUUGUUCUGAUGCACACGGAGAGUCGGCGAGAACAUCACAAGAUGAAGCAUAAGAAACACGGCAGGAAGCAUCACAAAAAACACCACUUCAUGUUCAUGGACAAGGAUUAUGGGCUUGACAUGAAGAAGAGCGACUUGAAGAAAAGUCUGAGGGGAAAGCGAGCUGUCGUUGAUAUGGUCAGUACGGAAUCACACAAACAUUGCAAGUGUUCCAAGUCUGCCAUGUGGGAGUUCAGGAAACAGGACAAAGAUAGGAACAGGAUCCUCGGUGAGAAGGAAAUGGAGAUGAUGUCAGCAAACAGACGAGAGCCUUGCAUGAAGCCAUUGUUCAAGUCAUGUGACACAGACAAGGAUGGCGCCCUCACACAUGGAGAAUGGUGCUGCUGUAUGGCAUACACAAUUCCCCCAUGCUUGGAGAAGAAACGCCUCACAGAUCCUAAGGUUUGGGUUCCACGCUGUGAUAAAGAAGGUUAUUAUGAGCGUGAGCAAUGCCAUGACAACUCUGGUUACUGCUGGUGUGUUGAUAUCAACGGAAAUGAAAUUGUUGGCACCAAGAAGUUGGGAGGUGGCCAUUGUGGCCAGUAUGAUCCAAAUGGUCACAAGGAUGUCAAGAAGCUGUAAAGAUGUGCGAGACAACAACAACAAAUUUAAUGAUCUUAAAAUGUCAACUUUUGUAGCAUGAAAACAAACAUAAAAGCAAUUUAAUAUUUGUAACAUGGUGACAUAUUUAUUAACAGCAUUCCAACAGAUCUCUGUGUAACAUUGUAUCAGAUCUCUAUGUAACACCAUAUCAAAAUUGUAACAGAUCAAUGUGUAACAUCAUGUCAGUAUUUUAACACAUCUGUGUAACAUCAUAGUAGAUCUAUGUGUAACAUCAUAUCAAAAUUGUAACAGAUCUGUAUGUAACACCAUACAAGGUCUCUGAGUAACAUUGUAACAGAUCUAUGUUUAACAUUGUAACUUGUCUAUAUGUAACAUCAUGCCAGCAUUGUAACAGAUCUCUGUGUAACAUCGAACAAACAUUUUUGUAACAUUUGAACAGGUCUAUGUCUGACUUCAUAACAAAUUUAUGUUUAACAUCAUAACAGGUCGGUGCUGUGUGUAACAUCAGUUCUGAUUAGAUACAUGUUAAAACUUAGAACAGAUAUAUUUAUGUAUAUAUUGAGCUUUUCAUGAAAUUUAUUAAAUCGGUCAUUUUUCCAAAAGAUAUUAAUGCUCAUUUUUAUAGGUUUUUUUAAAAAUAUUUUUAAAGCUGUUUUUUAGGUAAAUUUGUUUUGAAAAAGGUAUUUCAGUAAAGAAAUAUUUAAAUAUUUUUUCAGUAUAUUAGAUAACCCAUUUUGUUUUAAUACUUAAAAAUCUAAUAAAUUGGUGAUAAAAGGAUUUAAAAUAGAAUUAUUUUUUUGUAUUUUCAUACAGAUAUAUGUAUCAGCAUUACAUCAAGUAUUUUGUCUUAGCUUCAUAAUACCAUGUAGCUGCUUGCCGUAAAUAUAGCAUUUUGUUAAAUACAACUUAUAACUACUGUAUAAUACAUUCCAAUAUACAAAAUUUUACAUCCUGAUUUAGUGUAAUAGGCACAUGGGAAGAGAUUUUUAAUUGAAUUUUUUGGAAUUUUCCUAAAAAAUAUAUAUGAUGCAUUAAAUACUUAACAUACAAUGUAAUUUUGAACCCAAGUGAAAAUAAUGAAUAUCAAGUUCAAUUUAUCAUGUGGUCAAGUGAUCAAAUGUAGAUAGAAAUACAGCAGCUAUUGUACAUGUGUUAGUUUUGUAUUUUAUGGUGGCAGGAAAUAUUCCUACAACGAAGUGCUGUAAAUUGUUAUAUCUUUCAUGUUAGUUUUUGAGAUAGUUUAAUUCAGCUUACACUUAUGUGCAACAGUUAUUAAAUAUAUUGUUUUUAUCACUAAAUACUGAUGAAAUCUGGUAUUGAUGCAAUUGGAUUAAAUCAGAUACAAGUAUAAGCAAAAAAAUCCUGUAAAGUUCUGUAUUCAUGAUGAUGCAGAAGAGUUACCUUUGAUGGAAAAGAUCUACAAAUUCAGUAGUGAAUAAAGAAUACACCGUUAUAUAAUUGGGUGACUGAUAUAUUGUCACAAAGGUCUCUGCUACUUAACUUCAAUAAUGUCUAACCAAUUUACAAUGGUUUAUUUUAGUAAAGAGUGCCAACUUGUUAACAACGUUUUGAAGUCCAUUGUCCAAAUAAUGUUGAACCUUUCAGAAAUCUUAAAGAGUGUACGUAGAGUAAUGUUGAAUUGUCAUUUUGAUAAAAGACUUCAUCACGAUGGUGUUAAACUCAACGUAGUGUCGAAUUAAAAAAGCAAUGGAAAUUUGUUAUUAUUUGAAAAAAGAGUGUGUGCCUUUUUGUAACAGUAUGUGCCAAUAUAUAUAUGUAUAAUACUUAGAGCAAUUAGACAGCUGGUUUUAUCAUUUUUACUUUAAUGAUUUUUUAAAAGUUUUUCUUUGAAUUGUGACAGUUUUUACUAGACGUUUGUCUGGCUCUCCCUUCAUUUUGUAUGCUUUAUGCUUUUUAAUCAGAAGAUCAAAAAAUUUUCCUCCCUGACUGAGUACAUGAUCGAGGGCUUCGUGUUAAACAUUUAUAUCGCCUUUAUUUUAUAUGAACAAAAACAUCUUCUCACUAAGCUUGAAUUUUAUGUAAAGAUUAGUUAGAGCUAAAGAUGGUGGUAACAUGUUACAGAAAUUUUACAAAGAAACAUUACUUGAAUUAUGUGCCAUGUCUGCUGCUACUGUAAAGAAAAAGAAAUUAUAUAUACAUUUAAAGAAAAAAUGAUUGUCCCCAGUUUCUGACCAAAUGAUUGCCCCUUUAACAUUCUAAUCAGUUUCUGACCAUUACAUUGUAUUCUAACCUCUUCAAAUGAAUCUCACUGCCUUUCAAGGUAAAUGCUUAUAAAAAUAAGAACAGUUUUAAUGAUUUAUGUGUCUAAUACUCUAAUUUGGAGCAUAAUAUAGAGACAUGCUGGCCUGUAACUAGCAUAACAACAAAUUCACAGCUAGCUUAAAAAAAGCUUCAUAACUAGCGUAACAAAAGUUCGAACUUUGCAAUGGAGACUUCAUUAUUUUCCAGCUUGAAUUUCAGCUCACUUACUUGUGAUACGAACUUUGAGAUGAUUGUAGAAAAUUUUAUUUAUAAAUAAACAUUCCUAAGCUCAUGUUUUUACUCGUAUAUUGUAAGCAGAUUUUUGUUAGAAACCCCAUAGUUUGAUAACAUGAAACAGAAAAAUAAAGCAUCAUUCACUUA